AUGAAGAAGGACCUCUAUGAAGCCCAUCCAAAAAUAUUUCAGAAACCUGAAAUACAUGGUCUACUUGAAUUUGACUGGACAACAUACUUGUUCGUUAAAAAAAGAGAGCUUGGUGGGCGAUACUGGAAAUACACAUCACCAGUUCUCGUCAUUUUGAAUAACGAAGUACUGGGAUCAGAUGAAGACUUCAGAAAGUGGGCCGAGGAGAACCACAGUUGCUAUGACUACCGUCCAGUAGCACUGUAUACAAUGCUUGGUAAUGAAGCUUACGUUAACGCACUCUAUGAGAGAAACCGCAUCUUCGUAUCGAUGCUAAUAACCAUUGGUGGUGAAAGGUGUGGACCUUUGUUGCUUGAACUUUAUUCCGAUAUAUUGCCCAAGACCUGUGAAAACUUCAGAGCGCUGUGUACCGGAGAAAAGGGUCAUGUUCCCAAGAAUGAAGUGGAGUCGUAUAAAAUGCACUAUAAGGGAACGUCGUUUUUUAGACUAGUAAAAAACGGGUGGAUUCAAGGUGGAGACGUUCUUCACAGUAGGGGUAAUGAUGGCUGUUCAAUAUAUGGGAGAACUUUUGAAGACGAGAAUUUUGCUAUUAAGCACGAUCGACGCGGAAUACUGAGUAUGGCCAAUGCCGGAAGACACACAAACGACUCACAGUUCUUCAUAACAUUGACCCCAACGCCAUGGAUGGAUAAUUUAUACGUUGCUUUUGGUAGGGUGAUAGAAGGGAGCCUGACGCUCGAUCUUAUGGAAGAAGUGCCCACCCAAAACGAACGGCCAACGAAAGACAUUUGCAUCAGCGAAAUACGUAUAAUGGAUCCAAAGGAUUUAUCCACCAAGUUGUGUUAAAUCACUUCGACGGAUGAACAAAAAAUCAUCAUCGGGGGCACAAUAGUCCCAGGAUCUGUGGAACGGCGAAGCAGCAAAAUAAAU